GCAGAGCUCGGGGGCUUCACGGUGUGCUCGGUUUGAUCCCUUCCAGGCGUUCAAAGUCUUCGAGCGCAUGGCCCGGCAGGACGACGAGAAGCAGCGCCAGGAGCUGGAGGAGAAGCUGCAGAAGAAGGAGGAAGAGGAGGCGGCGGCGCCCCCCUGCCCGGCGGAACUGCCCACGAGGCAGGAGCAGUUCCAGACCAAUCCCGACAGCUACAACGGAGCCGUGCGCGAGAAUUACGCCUGGUCCCAAGACUACAGCGACCUGGAGAUUAAAGUGCCUGUGCCCAAGCACAUCGUAAAAGGCAAACAGGUGGCCGUGGACAUCAGCAGCGGCGCCAUCCGCGUGGCCGUGCUCGAGGGCGGCAGCCCGCGCGUGCUCAUGGAGGGCAAGCUCACGCACAAGAUCAACCGCGCGGCGCUCGCGGCCGCUCCGGCUUCCAGACGGAAACCUGGAGCUGCCGUUUUUGAACAUUAUCUGAUAAAGGAGAAGCUCAACCUGGAGAAGGAGCGGAACUGCUCAAGAGGAACCACUCCAAAGGGUCAGGUCCAGGAGUGGAUUCCCAGGAUCAGCCAAGGAGACGAUGUUCAUGAAAUCCCCAACUCUGGAGGAGGUUGGGAAGCGCGCGCGGGCGGAGCGAGACCCGGGGCCUUCCGGAGCGUCCCCGGGCGGCGCGGGGAGCCAUCCCGUCGUCUCCGAGCGGAGCCGGCUCCUGCCUGCCUCAAAUUAGCACGAGCGCAGGGUUGUGAGGAUCUCCAGCUGGCUGCCAACAUAUUGAUGGUCAGCCUGAGCAAGGGCGACGAGUACUGGUGGAACGCGGUGCUGGAGGGCGAGGAGCGCAUCGACAUCGACAAGAUCAACAAGGAGCGCUCCAUGGCCACGGUGGACGAGGAGGAGGCCGGGGUGGGGGACACAAUUUUGGGGCCAAACCAAGCGCUUCCUUUGGCCUCUCCGCAGAAGGUCCACGAGAUGCUCAAGAAGGGCUGGGACACCGAGGGCUCCCCGUUCCGCGGGCAGAAGUUCGACCCCUCCAUGUUCAACAUCUCCCCCGGCGCCGUCCAGUUUUGACGCCGGCGC